GGCUCGGGGUGGGCGGGGAGGGCUGGCCGGCCGGCCGGGCGCCUCUCCUCCUGCGAAGGGAGCCAGAGGACGGGAGAAACUUUUCCUCCCCGGCGGCGACGAGGCUGCAGCGGGCACCGAGGCGAUGGGAGGCGAGGCGCUGCAGCUCGGCGGCUACGGCGGGGCGGCGGCGGCGGCCGCGCUGCUGCUCUGGGCUGUGUGCGUGCUCUGCAGGAGGAAGAGAAAGACCGGCGAGCCCCCGCUAAUAAAUGGCUGGAUUCCUUACCUGGGGAAGGCUUUGAUUUUUAGAAAAGAUGCUUUCAAAUUCUUACUGGAUCAGCAAAAGAAACUUGGAGAUAUUUUCACUGUACAUAUUGCUGGCAGAUAUAUUACCUUUAUCAUGGACCCAUUUCAAUAUGUCUAUGUCAUCCGAAAUAGCAAGCAACUAGAAUUUCAUGAAUUUGCUGAUAAAAUGGCUUCCAAAACUUUUGACUACCCAGCCUUGUCGAAUGGAAAAUUCCCUGAUCUCAAGGAAAACCUGCACAGAAUCUACCAGUAUCUACAAGGCAAGCCUUUGGAUAUCAUUUCUGACCACAUGAUGAAAAAUCUCCAGGAUAUAUUUGAAUGGAAAUGCUCACAAGCAACAGAUUGGGAAACAGAAAAAAUGUACAAAUUCUGCUGCUCUGUAAUGUUUGAAGCCAGUUUUGUAACACUAUAUGGAAGAGUUCCUGCUGCAGAUGGCCACAAAGUUAUUAGUGAAAUCAGAGACAAAUUUAUCAAGUUUGAUGCCAGCUUUCCCUAUUUAGCUGCAAACAUACCAAUUGAGUUGCUAGGAGCUACCAAGAAGGUUCGGAAGGAGCUUAUACAUCAUUUUUUACUUCAGAACAUGACAAAAUGGCUGGGAGGGUCAAAAGUGGUCCAAGCCAGACAAGAUAUAUUUGAGAAAUAUGAGCUGCUUGGAGAUUAUGACAAAGCAGCACAUCAUUUUGCCUUCCUGUGGGCCUCUGUGGGAAACACAAUUCCAGCUACAUUCUGGGCCAUGUAUUAUAUUCUGCGGCACCCAGAAGCUCUUGCAGCGGUGCGUGACGAGAUUGACCAUUUGCUGCAGUCAACAGGUCAAAAGAGAGGGCCCACGUAUAACAUCCACCUCACCAGAGAACAAUUGGACAACCUGGUCUACCUAGAGAGUGCGUUAAAUGAGAGUUUACGAAUGUGCUCAUCCUCUAUGAACAUCCGCAUCAGCCAGGAGGAUUUUGUUCUCAAGCUUGAAGGGAAUCAAGAAGUCAGUUUGAGGAAAGGAGACUGGAUAGCCCUUUACCCACAGAUUUUGCACAUGGACCCUGAGGUCUAUGAAGAUCCUAAGGAGUACAAGUUUGAUCGAUACAUAGAGAAUGGCAAGAAGAAAACCACGUUCUACAAGGCAGGAAGAAAACUGAAGUAUUUCCUAAUGCCCUUCGGCUCUGGGAUCAGCAUGUGUCCAGGGAGGUUCCUUGCAAUGAAUGAGAUGAAGAUGUUUCUUUUCUUACUAUUGGCUUAUUUUGAUGUAGAGCUAGUGGAAAACAAAGCUGUCAGACUUGAUAACAGUCGUAUGGGCCUUGGUAUCCUCCUGCCAGACGUUGAUAUUGCCUUUCGCUACAAGCUAAGGUGCUCAAGAAAUUGAGUGACUGUGUGUAUGUCUUCUACUAAUAUCCAUGUUUGCUCUGUUUCCUCAGUCAGCUUUGCAUUUUUGGAAACAUUUACUUUUCUCUCUCUGCUUUUACCUCCUUCCUAUUUGUUUCUAAGGAGAAAAGCCCUUGGGCUGGAGGCAGAUAUCAGAUGCAGGAACAUAAAUCCUCAGUUUGUCCUGCCUAAGUUGUGAGUAGUGAGGUAAGAUGACAAGAGUUUGACCAAACAAAUAGCCCAACUUCCCUACGUGGCAAACCGUCAUACUCUUAGCCAUGAGUCAAGCAGGAUUUACAAGAAGGAUGACAUCAAGCUGAAUCCAGGUGAUUUGUAUGGGAAAUGGGCUCAGCAGCCCUCUGUAACAUGGGUUCUCCCUUGUUAGAUUGGGAGGUCCCAUACACCCACCAUCUGGAGGCAUCUCUGCAUCUGCUUCUAAAAGCAUAAUAGCGAAAAAAGGGGGAACUUAAUUUUAGAGAGUGAAAGGAUUUUUAGUGAAUACUAUUCUAACUUUUUGCUUACUCUGUUCCCUUCAUGGUCAAAAGUGUCUUAGUCCUUAUUUGGGAAAUGUGAUGGAAGCUGUAUGGGGUGAUGAGAGAUGUCUUGCAAGAGCGUCUUACUGGCGACACAUUUCUGACUUCAGUUUUAGGUACUGAGGGUGAAUGCUCUGCUUUUCUUCUUUUUUUUGGUCAAUGCAAAAAAAUUAAAAUCUUUGAUUUUUUCCUGCAGUCAUUUAAAGUCAGAAGGGAGGUUCUGAUGAUUUUAAUAGACUCUGGAUCAAGCCUAAAUUAUCUAUUUUGACUUUUGAGCCAAAAAAGUAUAUUCUUCAGGAACAAAAUAUGUACGCCUGUUUGAAAUUAUACUAUCAUCUCAAAAACUACUUUCUUUUUGUCUCGGUUUUCAUAGUAAUACAUUUGUAUGUUUUAUUUUGACCAUUUCUUGUGUUUGUUUGUUUCUCAAAAAAGGCAAAACAGAAAAGAGAGCUUCAAGGUCAAGUCUAGUAUCUAAAACUACUUUUCGAUAGUGUUUUACUGCACCUAAGUUAUGCAUAGGCAGAGUAGUGUGACCUGGUUUUGGAAACAGACUUGUCCAUCUACACAUUGGAAAAUAGGCUUUUCGCUGGGGCCAAAAUCUGAGCAAGUGACAACUCUAGGCAGCUACAGAAGUUAUGUGUGUACUGGCUGCUCAAUCUGCUUCACUGGGUGAUCAACUGUUGUUUUAAAAAUGAAUUUUCUGAUGCACAGGAUUGGAGAUUUUUAGACCCUGUCUCUCUUCUCAGCCAUCACUUCAAAGACUGAUGAGGAUUCUCAUAGUUGUCCAGUCACAAUUUGCCAAGAUGAUAAUUGUUGUGGGAGAGUGGCCAUGUCUGUGGGCCUUGCCUUGUGUUCGCCCCAAAAAAACUCUGUCUUUGGGAUGUGCCAGCAUGAGUUCUGUCUGCACUGCCAGCAGAUAAAUAAUGAUGCUGUACCUGGACAGGACUUCCCUUCAGACUCCCAAGUCUCCAGUCAUCUUUCAUAGAAGUUAGACUGGAAGAAAGAUGAAGAAUCACUGCAAGAGAAGGUUUGUUUGGACAGCCGACCAUUGUUCUAUUCAAUGCCAAGAUCUGCGUUUCUCUAAACAGCUAAUCAAUGAUGGAGGUGUCACCACUGUCUGAACAUGAGUUCAGAUUUGCCUUAUAGGUGCUGAAUAAAUUGCUGGCUGAUCAGGAGUUGGAGUUAGAGAAAGUUCUUAGUGAUUGCUGAGCAGGUCAUUAAAAAGACUGGUAUUUUUCUCAGUAUUUCAUUGUUUGUAUUUGAAAAAAGGCACCUGGAACUGUACUUUUUGCAAAUGACACAGGUCUGAAAACUUCAUCUUUUCCCAGUGGAGCAUCAGAGCCAUUAGCUCAUUUUGAGAAUAUUGAGCUGGAAUCUCCUGUUCCUUAAUCUUGUAUGUCUUUUAAAAUCUCUGAAGUACUUGGUGGCCUGUGGAUGUAAACAGCUACAUACAUAUUAAGGAUUAGAAUUAUUUAUUGUUAUUUGUGUAGAAGCCUGUUUAGUUAUUCACAUAAAGCGCGUACUCUAAUUAAGCAUCAGUAGAAAGGCUUUCGGAGAUUGACACAGCCACAUUCCAAAUCCUCUGAGGAGAAAAUUGUGGUUUUGUGAGAUAUAUUGGAUAAACAUUUUCUCUUCAUAUAUAAUAUCAAUAAUGUCUGCAGUGUUGGAGUACACUUAUAUUAAAUGGGCUUUGCAGUUGAUUAAAUGCCUUAACUUUGCUUCAACAUUUAAUCAACAGCAAAAGCUGAUUAUUGCUUUGUGCCACAGAAUAAAAUUUGUUUUUAUGGAGAGAUUCUUGUACUCAAGUUACUGCUGUAGUUACUCUACAGGAGCUAUUCUGUACUCAGCCAUAGCUCACAAUCCCGUUUGGACAUUAGAGCUUGGUUUAUUGAGAGAGGAAACGUUGAUAUCAUUAUACUGUUGACUGUAUUCCGUUAUUGCUUGAAUGUAAGCUGUAAAAUGUCUAAUGCCACAGUUAUGAUGAGUCUUUCUUUGGCAUCCAACUUUGAAACAAACCUAAAGCAACUGCGAAAAUAACGGUAAGUAUUUGUUUUAAACAUAAGAAUCUUUUUUAUAAUUCUAUUCUAUUUUUAGGAUUUUCAAUCGGAAUACCGCAAGCUGCUGCAUAAUGUAGUAGGACAUAAUAGGACUGUGCCAGAAGUAUAUGCAAAUCAUUAGUAAUUUCAGAUUAAUUGCUGAUCAGUUUGUAUAAUACCUAUUUUGAAAUUAAAAGAAGAGUUAGGUUGUAUCCAAACCAGAAAAUUAAAUCUACAGGGCAUGCUUCCAUUUGAAAAAAAAAAAAAAAAAAGAGAGAAAAAGUCAGUCUUUCCCAGGAGUUGCAGGAAACCUCUGUGAAGGCACUAGGAGGCCUCUCAUUGGGGUUGGAGAACACGCCUUACACCUGUGAGAGGCGAACACUUUGCUGGGAUAAGAGUUAGUCGCUCUUUUUGCUCAGGGCCCCAAAUAGUCAAACUUAAAGCAUGUUUUGCCCACCUUGUCCUGUUAUUGUGUCCCUGGUAACCGAUGCUUCUGGUAGAUUAGUUUUGCUGGUAAGCAAUUCAUUACCGCCUUAGCAUUCCCCAGCUGCAGAGGAGGUAAACCUCACGCCUUGUUCACAAGUGCUGGUGCAGGACAGAGGAAAUGUUAAGCCCUCCUGGUCCAUGUACUCAGCAGCUGAGGAGGUGACUUACUCAGAGGCAGCAGCUGGUCUGACCAGAAGUGACUUGGUCUCGGUGAAGCUGGAAUUGAGAGGCCCACAGUGUCAAUAUUCCGUAGCAAACCAAGGGGAUGAGCAUGCAUCAUCCCUGGAGGCCCCAGCCGAAGCCAAGCUGGCCACAGCGUGCUGCACCAAGGAGAGCAUGUUUUGUGACAUGGGGAGCAAUGUAGGUUUUUAUGACCGCCUAUGCUACAGAACCUAGGACUGAACAGCGUUCAGGUGCCAGUGGUGCUGCAGGUGUGAGUGGUGAGAGGCAGUUAGACCUUGUGCUUCCUUGUUCUCCUGUCCACUUCAGGCAAGGAAUCUCCCCUGGAAGCCCAGCAACACCUGCUGGUCUCACCCACUGACCCAGCAGGUUGCAGGGUCAGCCAGGAGAAGCUGACAGCUGCCCCUCCAAAUUUUUCUGCUGUUCCUCUAGCGAGAUGGUGCACUCACUGAUGAGUUUGAGAUGUGACUUCGCUGGUCAGUACCAGCUUCCAGCUGCAAGUUAUUGCUGCCUGUGGCUAUAUUGAUGAUAUCUUCUGCUAUUAGAAAAAAAUAGUCAGGUUUACUAAGUCAGUAAGGCCCUUUAUAGAACCCGAGAAGAAAAGUGAGUUCAUCGACAAUUAAUGUGAAUGCUAAAAUGUGAUUUUUCUAAUUGUUCAUAUUUUAAUUUACAGAUUGUAUCUUCUCCAUUUUCAUGCUGGCACUCAGUACUCCUAUAAGCUAUUGUAAACUUUUUAAACUUUUACAUUGCUUAAAAGACCAUGGUAGUCUAUGUGUGUCUGUUUGCAAAUUAGAUUUUCACAUCUCUGCCAAUAUGUCCUGAUGUGCUAACACAAAAACAUGUGAGAGUUGUUCUUUAGUUUAUGCAUUUGAGCCAGUUGCAUAUCACUGUUUUGGGUGUUGCUGUUUUUAUGAAUAAUUACUGUCCUGUGAAGUUUUCUUGUAGAAUUAGAAAUGCUCUUUUAUUUCAUCAUUAUUGAACUUUCUGGCAUUCAAAAGAUUGUGAGUUGCUUUUAACUGACAUUUUGUAUAUAGACAAACAACUGUUGGGUUCUACUCUAAUAGUUAAUUUCCUUCAUUAAGGCUCUUAGAACAAAUAAGGCAUAUUGUGAAUUUCUGAGCAAGAAAAUUGAAACUUCAUUAUUUUAGUAAUCUAACAUCCUAAGUGAAUUUUGUAUUAAAAGAUGCAAUAAAAAUGAAUAUCUCUAUUUUAAUAUUGAAUGACUCUCCAUGGUAUUUUUUCAAGCUCACAUUUACAGUUUUCUCACAGAUUCACAACUAUUGAUUUAAUUUUAAAAUUAUUUAUUCAGCACUUUCCUGUCACUUGAUCUCAAAAGGUACUUCUGUAACAAAAAAAAAGUCUUUAAUUCAGCACUGGCAUGGUGCAACUCCUUUGAACAUAAGAAAUUAUCGAGUCUGUUUUACUCAUCCACACACACCAUCAAACUUAAGCCAGUUCUUAUCAGAAGAGAAAAAAAAAAAUAGUGGUACUUCUGACAUUCUUAGGGAAUUAUUCAAAAUUAUAGAGAUCUGCAAUCCGCUCCAGAUUCCAAAAACAUAGCUCAUAGGCUUUUCCUUUUGCAAACCUCUGUGUAGUACAAGGUAUACUACCAAGUGUGAAAUAUUCUGUCCUCUUGGAUCAUUCCUUUUAAAAAGAGGAAAUGAAUGAAAAUUGUUGAAGUAUACAACACUGCGCCAGCAAAGCACACCUUGGCUUUCCUGAGUAUCACUGUAGCUACUGAAUUCUGCAAGUACCUGUUUAAUAUGAGGGCUCUACCCUAAAGACAUCAGUGUUUCUUCAUUGCUUCAUGCAGAAAUGCCUGUCAGGUAUGUUUGCGAGGGUUCUUGAAGACACGUCGUAGAGAAGAUAGACCUGCAUCAUUUUGCUGGGUUUGAUAAAAAUGUUUGAAACUGUGGAAUUCCUUGAAGUCUGGAUUAUAUUAGAAGUUACUGAAGUUUAUAAAUAAAAAGCGGCAUUCUUUGAGAUCUCUAGAAAGGCACAUUUCUGAAUGAGUUUUCCAUGAUUGUCUGAAAGAUAGCUUUGUGGGGAAGUUAAGACCUCCUAUCACUCUGUUUUAUCUGUGUUCUGACACUAGAUGCUUUCUUAAUGUUACUGUAUUUUAAAAUUAUUCAAGACAUCAAUCUAUGCAUGACAUAUGCUUCAUUCAUAUGAAUAGAGCUAUUUUAACUGUCAGACCCUAGAAAAUGAAGUAUUUUCCUGCCCAUUACCUAAACGAGCCUGUGUACCCUGGCUACUCAUAUCCUGCAACAUAUCAGAAAAAUUAUCUCAUCACAAAAAUAUCAUUUAAAAGUACACUUGUGGAAGUAUUGUGAGCCUUAAGUUAUUGUCUAUGUUUAUAAAUAGUAAUAAGCGUGAAGAAAUGAUUGCUGCAUAUAAAGAAGCAUUUAAAAAUAGAAAAUAUUCCACUUCUAUUCAAAAAGCAAAGAAUUAAACUGUAGUGGGACUUUUAUCCUCAUAUAAACCAGUUCUGAGAUUGUACAGCCUUUGUUAUGCAUCCGGCUUGCCUGAAAUCUCAGGUACUGACGUUAUUUGAAUAUAUCAUUUGUAAUAGCAGAAAUGUGCUUGUCUUCAAAACUAUUUACACCAAAGUAAUCAAAAGAAGACAAAGCUUCAGCUGUUCCUGCUAAAAGCCUUGCAGGAUUCUAUCCUGCAAGAUUUUGUUAAACCGAUUUUGACGCUGGUGCGCUGGCUUGUAUUUCCCCCCACCAAACAGCAGCUGUAAGUACAGCAAAGUUGAAUAUAAGCCUAAGUUCUGGCUGUAGCGAGUGUAAAAGACGGUAAGUGAAUACCCUGUGAUGGCUUUUGACAGUGACUCCUUUCCCCUCAGCUCAUCUUUCCAACUACCUCUUUCUUCCAAACAGUUUAGUCGCUAACCUCCUACAGGCAGCAAGUCUUUCCCUGUCUAAUUUCCAUCUUGUGAGCCAGUCAAUCCUCUAUCUUCUCAACACAUUUUUCAUUUUUUUUUCAGCUGCUUUUUCGAGAUGAAAUCUUUGCAGCAGCCCUUUGCUAAACUGUCACCGCAGGUAGCUGCAGCCGAGAGAGGUGCCGCGUCGCGAAAGCUUUGAACCUGAAAAGUGGAUGGGCAUUAGUUGAGCUCGGGACUGAUGAAGGGAUUGAAGCGCGGGGAGAUGUCGCCGCUCUCGGAUGCCGCCUCGGUGUGUCCCCGUCCCGCGGCGGCUGCGGGGGGACCCGCACACCCAACCCGGCUCCGGGUUGCGCUCGCCGCGCUCCCAACUCCGACCCCCUACAACAACCAGAGGGAAAGGGAUGCGGACGGGGGGCUGAGGAGAGACUCCUGGUGCCGCUUCUUUGAAGCAAACGAUGCUUUCAGGGAUGCCGGAGAAGGAAAUAGGGGACAGGACCCCGAGCAGGUUCCUAGGGAACCGGUCUGGGUGGUAGGUGAGUUUGGAGAACUUCGGCUGGCGGAGAGGAGGCUUACUCUGGAAAGGCGAUUGUUUGCCCCUAAUCCUCGAUUAUGAGGAUUUAAAAAUAGUAUUAGAGGGGCAAUCUGUUCUGUAACUUCUCGGAAGAAAUAAUUGUUGAUUUAGAUAAGCACUGAUCCCUUCAGUGUUUGAUGAAGAUGUUAAUUUAUGGCUGUCUAGCAGUUUAUGGCUGUCAUUAGAUCUUCAGCUUUGUCUCUGUUCGAAAUAUAUCUUUCUUUUUAUUUUAAUCCGAGACAAUUAUGUAAGAAAACGGUUAUGUUUCAUCUGAAAUGCAUCAUUUUCCUAUAGCAUUUCAAAUUAUUCACAGAUCAUAGUUCUUAUAUGUGCAUAUAUGAAUUUAAAAACACAGCAGUAAAGUGCUUGAAACAGACCAUAAAUUUGCUUCCUAUUUUAUUACACUUCUCUGAAUCAGGUUGAGAGGACAAGGGCAACUAGGGGCUUGCGGAAGGAUUUAACCCUUACCAACGCUGCAGAACCUGCCAAACCAGAGCAAAUCCCGCUCCGGAGCGCUUCGGGGGAGGAGAAGGCUUGGGGUGACACCGAGCUGAUGGGUGACCACGGAGAAGUGGGGCUUGGCCGCAGCUCUUCGCUCAUUUAGCACAUGUCCCUCCUGCGGGGAGGCCCCCGCAGCAUCUCCCUCCUUCUCAGGAGGGGUGGGAUGGCACCGGGGCAGCGGACAGGAGCGGCUUAACCUCAGCGGCACCUGCCUAAGGCAAGCUUAAUGCUUCAUAGGGAGCCAGCACUAAGCCUCCGAUGGGCUCCGCUAGUGCCAGAGAUCCCCAGGCGGGGUCUCCGCACCGCCGAGCGGGAGCCACCCGCGAAGUUUUGUCCCGUCCCGGCAAGGAGCUGCUCUGCCAUCUGAUGAAAGCCCCGGGUUCCCUCCGGCCUGUUGGCAGCGGGUGUAAUCAAAGUUACAAAUGACCCUGGAGA